AUUUCGGCCCAAUUAUAAAAAGUUCAUAGAAUAAAUAGAACCUCUUCAACCCUAGAGUUUGAGAUUUCUUUUGGAUCAAGCAACAAUGGAUCUCCCGCGAGACGUGGAGACGACCAAUCACUCUUUAGAGAUUCCGAUCACCAUGGAUGCUCUCCAGAAGAAACUCUUCGCGGCUCAAGGGUCUCAGCUUCGUCUAUAUGAACAGUACAUGUCUUCGGUUUCAGGAUUGAAGAAGAAAGAUCAAGGCAUCGACCUCGUUAGAUCUGAGGCGAGUAUCAACGCGCAGGCUCUGAAGAAACUCGUUGAAGAGGAUCAGAUACUGAGAGGUGAGUACGAUGAUUUGGUGAAUCAGUGCAAUGAUUUGAAAAGAGAAUGCUUCAUUUAUCAACUAGAUCUUGAAGCAUCGAAGCGUUCUGGGAACAAAUCAGAACAAAGGGCCAGGGAAGCAGAUUCUCGGGCUCGAGUUCUUGAGCAAGAACUGAAACACGUGUAUUCUAUAAUUAAGAAGCAUGAAUCUUUAGUUGAUUCAGUUUUGGCAACGAUCGUUAGUGAAGACGAGACUAAGUUGAGCAAAUGGGAUCAGAAACCGUCAAUGCAAAAGGCUGCGUCUUUGGUUUCAUUGGUGACAGAGAUGCACAACGAAAAACACUUUCUCACCUUGAAGCUGGAUAGAGCGGAGCAAGAAGUGAAACGUGUGAGGGAGCAAAACAGAGAGCUGAAGAAAGAGAACCUCAAGUUGUCGAAGCAGGGUAGGAUGAGUCAUCUUACUUCCAAGAAGAGAAAAGAGAAAGACGCCUAGGAACGAUGAACAGUCGAGGAUCUAUUGAUGGAUAAUCUCAGGUAGUGAUGAAACCAUUUUUACAGUUUAUGUCUAUUUGAAUUUGAAUUUGAUUGAAUAGAAUGUUGUGAGGGACAAGCUCUGACUAUGAUCAAUGCAAGUGUAUAGAAUAUGGGAAUGAAACAGAUGCAACUCGGUAGUUUUUAAAAGGGUAUGUCUCAGUUUGGAAACACAGAACAUAGAAAUUAUAUAUA